AUGAACCGCGACGGGCUGCGACCGUUGAGGGUGUCAAAGGGCAAGGAGGAGCCCGUCCAGAACCUUGCCAAGCAGCCGCACCCGAGGACAGUGUGGCCGUGGCAGGAUGAUUUGUCCCAAGACGGGCCACGCUUUCCUUGCCAACGUGGGUCAAAUCGCAAGGUGAAAUGGUCCCUUCCAGCAGCAGACGAGGAUGAUGUCCAGGAGCCCGCGAAGCGCAGAAAGGUCCUGAACGAGGAGGUCGCACAGGGAAAGCAACGCUGGGACGAGAAGGACAAGAGGUUUUUGUUUUGUUUCAAGCUCGCGGAUGGCAAGAGCGUGAGCUUUCAGACCACAUCCAAAGCUGCAGGCAGCCGUGAAGCAGCAGAGCGAAUUGGCCACCGAUGCCACGAAAAGUUCAAAACGAGAGCCAGCAAGCAGGAAGUCACUUCCUACAGAGACGAGCUGUACCAGGAGGAGGCCCGGGCCGCCGCCCGGGUGAAGCUGGAAGCAUCCAAAGUCGAAUUGAAGGUUGAACGCGGCCAUGAACUCCAGUCAUCCGCAGUCCCUUUUCACCGUGAGGACUGCAAGGGCUGGGGCGCCCACGUCUUUUGGUGCUUUGUUGCAGCGACGUCGGCAGGUUUAGUUCAUGUGCCAACGCGGCAAUGCCACCCCGUUCUGCCACACAAGGUUAUCGCGAAGGCAUUUCGAGGCGCCAAAAAUGUCCUGGGAGAAGGCACCGGUUGGGAGGCGCAUCUUCGAGAACUCGAGCUAGCCACUGCUGGUCCUGACUCCAGACUUCGCUUGCAGGAUGUGGCUGAGCUCCUCGCCCAUUUCCAGGAGACCGUGGUGGAGGAAUACGCCCCCCACUCACAGGCCGCAAAGCAAGAUAUCCAGACGUUCGUAUCCAUGGCAGUCCAUCCGCAGGCCGUCAAUGGCAAGGACAGGAAUGACAAGGCGAGCAAAGAAGCCGCUCGCAAGGCAAAAGUGAAGGUCGAGCUUGACGCAGCGAAAGCUGGUGCUGACUCCGACAGGCGAUCUGGACGCAAGGCCGCCAAGGACAAGAAUGACAAGGCCGUGUCUGCACCACUUGCCGGAUGGAGGAGGUGCAGAUCCUUUUUCGGCUUGCCCAUGUCUCCACGUAAGCCGUCCUUCACUAUGUCCUUUGCUAGCAUGGGACAGGCAAGCCAGGAAGCCGCAAACAAAGCAAACAUGAAGGCCGAGGUUGACGGAGCGAUGGGCACUGUUGAUUCACACCGGCGAGCUGGCAAGGCGAGCAAAGAAGCCGCUUGCAAGGCAAAAGUGAAGGCAGGGGCAGACGUCAUUUGGUCGAGCUUGACGCAGCGAAAGCUGGUGCUGACUCCGACAGGCGAUCUGGACGCAAGGUUGACGGAGCGAUGGGCACUGUUGAUUCACACCGGCGAGCUGGCAAGGGGUCUACAUAUGUUUACAUGGAAGUGGUCCAACUCUAGCAUGGGGCAGGCGAGCAAAGAAGCCGCUUGCAAGGCAAACGUGAAGGCAGGGGCAGACGUCAUUUGGUCGAGCUUGACGCAGCGACAGGUGGUGAAUCCGACAGGCGAUCUGGACGCAAGGCUCGGGCUUCGACAUGCGGUUGGGGACCGUGUGUGGUGCUCUGGCUAUGGUCCUCGCUGGCCGGCGAAAGUGGAGAUGAUCAGCUUCGACGGUGCAGAGGACACGGAGCCCUAUUGCGUCUCCUUCUAUGGGGAGAAGACCAAGGCGUGGGUCAGCGAGGCAAAGCUCAUGUUUUGGGGGAGCAUCAAGCCCUCGCGACCGGCGAAGCGUUGGCAGCGCCGCUUCGACGUGGCUGUCGCCGCAGCUGAGGGGUCCGGCAAGUGA